UACAAAUUGCAAAAAGUGGUUUCGGUUUGCGUGGUGGUUUGCAACGUGAAUGAAAAAACUAUAGCAAAGAAAGUAUAGUUUUUGGUGUAGAGAGGGUGUGAUUAAGUAACUACUGCCGUGUACCAAAUAAAAGGUAGAAAUGCCAAAGAAAAAGACAGGUCAACGUAAAAAAGCUGAAAAGCAAAAGCUACGUCAGAAGGAAAUUCGUAAUGCAAGAGGUCAUAUUGACUUAGCUCAACAUCCAUGCAAUCUACCCAUGGAAUGUGAUAAGUGCCAAAAGAAACAGAAAAGUCGGGCUUUCUGUUAUUUCUGUUCAGCCCUGCAGCGCCUGCCUGUGUGCGCGCAAUGCGGAAAGGUAAAAUGUAUGCUGAAGUCUGGUGACUGCGUAGUGCGCCAUCCGGGCGUCUACACCACUGGCAUGGGCAUGGUCGGUGCAAUCUGUGACUUUUGUGAGGCGUGGGUAUGUCACGGAAGGAAGUGCUUACAGUCUCACGCAUGCACUUGUCCUCUAGCUGACGCUGUCUGCAUUGAGUGUGAAAGAGGUGUGUGGGAGCAUGGUGGGCGAGUAUUCCGCUGCUGCUUCUGCCAGGGCUUUCUCUGUGAAGAUGACCAAUUUGAGCACCAAGCCUCCUGUCAAGUGUUGGAAUCUGAGACAUAUAAAUGCCAGUCAUGUAAUCGCCUGGGGCAGUACUCGUGCCUGCGCUGCAAGACAUGCUUUUGUGAGGAGCACGUGCGGCGGCGAGGCGCCAAACCGACCCGCGGCCCUCCGCCUUGCCCACGCUGUGCCUACUCGCUGCAUGUCACAUCAGAUCUAGCUAUGUCCACACGGUCACAUCGCUAUGGACGACAAGGGACUGCGGCACCUGAAGAUGACGACUAUGGGGACUACUCCUCCUAUGGCCAAACUGCUGAUUAUGAUAAUGAGGAAGCUGGCGACUACUCAUACUCGGAGUCUGAAGAUGAAGAUGAAGAAGAAGAGAGUGAGGAAAGCUCUGAAGAAGAGUCCAAGGAGCCUGCUCAGACAUCUGAGGACGGCGCUUCGACAGCUGAUGGCAAAUCUUAAUUAUAUACUAUGCACUUCGUAGCAAUGAUAUUUAUAUUAAAUGUAUUUUAAUAUCAA